AUGACUAACCCUAAUUUUCCUUACAAAAAUAUUGGUUUAAGACUAGAUGCUGCUCCUUUGGAAAAGAAUAAAUAUGAAAUUUGUCAAAAAAUACUAGCCUACAAGCAAGAUAACAAACUAACUACCGAAAAGAUUGCUAAAAUUAUUCAAUUAACCUCUCCCGAAACCGAGGAUAUAUUUUUUGGCCGAAUUAACAAGUUUACUUUGGAUAGAUUAAUGGAUUAUGCCACUAGCCUAGGAAUUAUUUUACAAAUAAAGGAAGAAAAAGCAAUUUCUCCUAGUCUAGUAAGAACUUCACGGAAUAUUUAUGCUUCUUCCCGCAAAACUGCUAAUGGUCGUUUAAAAAACACUUAA